CACACACUCAUACACAUCCGCGCACACACAGCAAAUGGUCGGAAUGUGCACGGAUUGAAAUUUAUACAUUUACGAUCGUCUGAAAGAGACAGAGACAGAUUUAAUGUCAGAGGUCAUCCCAGCCAGAAACCAGAUGCUCUUUCUUAUCGUUUGACCACCCAACACACACACACACACACACACACACACACACACACACACACACACACACGCACACACACACACGCACACAUACGCACACAUACGCACACACACAGCAAAUGGUUGGUAUACAAUUUAAUUGUUGUUGAUUGAAACAUUAUACGUUUACGAUUUUUACUGACAAAAACCAAAUGUUAUUUUCUUGAGAAAGCAAAAGGUCUUUUAGAUUAGAUGCCCACCCCAGACAGAGACAGAAACACAACAGUUUUGUAAUAUGUAAUUAAUUUAGUCGUUAUUAACAUACUGAGAUGAAUAAUAUCUUAUUUUUAAUAAGAUUGAAAGUAUUUCUCAUCAUUAUUUUUCUUUGUACUCUGUAAGCACUAAUAUUUUGAACAAUCUCUUAAACAGGAUCAUAUCAGUUCAAUUUUUAACUUCUUUACUUAAUCCAUUCCGUAAUUUUUAUUUUACAUACUGAUAUGCUAAAAGUUUUAAGUGUUGUACGUGCAUAUAAAUGUUUAAAAUUAUUUUUUAAGGUUAUAUUUUUCCUUUUUUUUUUUGUUGUUGAGAAAAAUUGUUGUACGUUCUCGGGUGGCAGGUUAUAAUUUGCUUUGUGCAUACUUUUAGGUGUUUGCAAUUUUACCAAAUUGUAGAACUUUAAUAUUUUUGACUUAAUAAAUAAACGGUUUGUAUGUUUUUUUAUAUCCAACAUGAUGUAUUAUUUUAAACGGUCUUCUUUUUUUUUUGUAACACGAAUCACACACACACACACACACACACACACACACACACACACACACACACACACACACACACACGCACACACACACACACACACACACUCACUUACACACACACACACACACACACACACACACACACACACACACACACACACACACACUCACACACACAUACGCACACACACAGCAAAUGGUCGGAAUGUGCACGGAUUGAAAUUUAUACAUUUACGAUCGUCUGAAAGAGACAGAGACAGAUUUAAUGUCAGAGGUCAUCCCAGCCAGAAACCAGAUGCUCUUUCUUAUCGUUUGACCACCCAACACACACACACACACACACACACACACACACACACACACACACACACACACACACACACAUACACACACAAAGUCUCACCUUGACACACUCUAGUGCGUGAAAAUAACCAGAUACAUGCUGAAAAGCAUAUUUAAAAGCUGGAAAAACUCUGGUAGAGCACACUCUUCAGAGGGUUUUGAGAAUGAGGGGUAAUUUUUUUUUUUUUUUUUACUGAUUGUAAUAUAUCUGUUUAGAGUUUAUAUAAUAACAAGUAUUUAUUCUAAAUAAAAGCAGUUAAACACCGCAUCGAAAUUCACGCUCAUCCGAGGAACGUUCUAAGGGAACCUUCAUCCAUUUUGCGUAAGUACUGGUUAUUUUUUACAUUGUUUUAUUACCUCUGUUUUACAACGUUAUUGGUAUAUUUUAUUAGACGAUGAUCUAGUCGACGCAGAAGUAAGAGACGACGAGCUUUGUUUGAUUGAUCUUACAAAGUUGGAAAACGACUCUAGCGGUGAGUUUAAACUAUUGAUUUGUUUGAUAUUAUUUGUAAUCAUUAUUUUGUUUUAUAGAGGGGAUGUGGGAAGAUUCUAAAGAGAUCUCUUUUUCACAAUCACAGUUUGAUGUUUCUUUUACGCCUCUGGCACGGUGGACGGCCUUAACCGAACGUUCGACGGCAUCACACCUCCCGCCAAAACGUUCCGAAGAAGUCUAUAUUGAAGAUUUGCUUGCGGAGGAGGAAGUUUUAACCCCGCAAAAGACUCCUGCCAUUGAAGAAUUGUUCCCGGACAAAAUUGUCGAAAAAGACGUCGAAUGUCCCACCGUUGAAGACUUGCUUACGGAGGAUGCGGAGGAUUUUUUCCCGGUAAAGAGUCCAGAGGAGCCCGCCGACGAAGUCGUUGAAGGCUCGCUUGUUGUGGAUGAGAAGGCUUUUCUCCCGUCAAAGAUUCCCGACAACGAAGGCUUGCUCACGGACAACAUCAUCGAAAAAGACGGCGAAAGUCCUACACGCUCCCGCUGCGGUAAGAAGAAGAGGAAGAGAAAGAGUCGAGAGCCGAGCAGACUGGAGCAAAAAAGACAACGGAUCAAACAACACUACAAGAUACUGGCUCGUACCUUUGAGAUGCUGUCUGACAUUGUUUAAUACAUGUUUGAUUGAUAUAACUGCUUUAUAAUUUUUUUAAUUUUUUUUAGAGAAAUAGAAUGGUCGAUGAAAAAAUUUUAGUUUCGCCUGAAUUAGUGGAGGAUGAUGGAGAAAUAGAAAACGAAAACGUUCCUAAUCAUCAUUUAGAAUCAAAUAAAGGGGUAGAACGUGAUUCACAGUUUUUCAAUCCUUUACAACAAGCGCUACGUCAUGUAGAAUCAAAUAACCAAGCAGAAUGUGAUUCGGACUUUUUUCAUUCUUUACACAUUGCAAUUUAUCAUUCAAACUGGAAAUCAAACUAUAACCCGUAUUUGCAAGAUACUCAUAAUGGAUUAAAUUUAAACACAAACACAGACGCACACACGCAACCGCAGCAACAGGGAGAUUUGGAGGGUGAAGGGGUACAACCACAGGGUGACAUGGUGGGGGUGCAGCAGCAUCGGACAACUCAUGACUAUCCAAAUUUAAAUGAGACCCAGAGAGGUGAGGGUUUAAAUGUCUUGAGACGCGAAGUGUUUAACAAUGUCGAGUUAAAAAGUGUUUUAUCUUUUCCUCAAAACAGCGGUGUAACAGAUUACGCCACAUUUUACCGUCGAGUCAUGGGGAACCUUGAAAACUUGACAAAUAGGGUCGUUGAGGAGGCUAGACCCAACGACAUCGUUCAAUUAGAGUUUAUCGGUGACAGGGCGCGAAAACACGCUUCAUUUACGUUUCAAAACGAUGCCGGGGAAGUAAUGAAUGCUUUUCAAAACGUGCUAGACCUGCUGGUACAAUCAAACGCAGAAAUUAUGAACGACGACGAAAUACAGGUAGUAGUUCAAGUGAUACAUAAUCCUAGAGGCGGUGUUAGAAGAAAAGCCGAAACCCUUUUGGAACAUGAACUCAACAAAAAGAAAGCUCACUAUCUGUAUAAACCAAACAACGUGAAUAAUCAUCUCUGUUUUGCCAUCAGCCUAGCCCAUCUGAUUCAUCCCGAAUUUACGGAUAGUCAGGCUGUGCUGGAGGCUAAACAAAUACAGAGAAAAGCGGGCUUAGACGAUCAAACCCCCGUCACUUUCAGUCAUAUUCAAGCGUUUGAAAAAGUCGUGCGACGUAAAAUUGUCAUACUGUACAGAGAAGAGGAUCAACGCCCCUUCUCGCUGUUUGAGACAGAUUCCCCUAAAUCAGAUAAUCCGUUGUAUUUGUAUUUAUCUCAAAAUCAUUACAACGGUAUCAUCAACAUUAAAGGAUUUUUGUCAAAACCGUACGUUUGCCACUACUGCUACAGAGGGUACUUCAAAGCCAACAGACACAAAUGCGACGGUCAUUGCGUGGUCUGUACAAUC